AUGGUUGGUGAUGAUGUAUGUAAUGAUUUAAGUGAUGAUGUAAGUGAUGAUGUAUGCAAUGAUGUAAGUGACGAUGUAUGUGAUGAUGUUAGUGAUGAUGUAAGUGAUGAUGUAUGUGAUGAUGUUAGUGAUGAUGUAUGCAAUGAUGUAAGCGACGAUGUAUGUGAUGACGUUAGUGAUGAUGUAUGUAAUGAUGUAAGUGAUGAUGUAUGUGAUUAUGUUAUUGAUGAUGUAAGUGAUGAUGUAUGCAAUGAUGUUAGUGAUGAUGUAUGCAAUGAUGUAAGUGACCAUGUAUGUGAUGACGUUAGUGACGAUGUAUGUAAUGAUGUAAGUGACGAUGUAUGUAAUGAUGUUAGUGAUGAUGUAUGUAAUGAUGUAAGUGAUGAUGUAUGUGAUUAUGUUAGUGAUGAUCUCAUGUUCGAUGACAUGUUUGAUGACAUGUUCGAUGACAUGUUUGAUGACAUGUUCGAUGACAUGUUUGAUGACAUGUUCGAUGACAUGUUUGAUGACAUGUUUGAUGACAUGUUUGAUGACAUGUUUGAUGACAUGUUCGAUGACAUGUUUGAUGACAUGUUUGAUGACAUGUUUGAUAACAUGUUCGAUGACAACACAUAA